UGAUUGUUGGCGGGCGCGGGCUGAUGACGCAGAGCGCGCGGGUCGUUUCAGUGCCUGGAGAAGAAAGCUGAGAAAAGGAGUUGGGAGUCAGGCCUGCGACGUGCAGCUGGAUGUAGCUUUCCUAGGUCUGGCUUCCCGGUAAUAAUCUCAAGAUGCCAGGGCGUUCCAGUACAAAUUCAGGCUCAACUCAUUUUAUAUCCUUCAGUGGAGUAGAAUCUGCUCUCUCUUCCUUAAAAAGCUUCCAGUCCUGUAUCAGCUCUGGAAUGGACACUGUUUCUAGUGUUGCUUUGGAUCUUGUGGAGACUCAGACUGAAGUGAGUAGCGAAUACAGCAUGGACAAGGCGAUGAUUGAAUUUGCUAAAAUGGAUCGCGAACUAAACCAUUACGUUAAGGCUGUUCAGUCUACAAUAAAUCAUGUAAAAGAAGAACGGCCAGAAAAAAUACCAGAUUUAAAAUUACUGGUAGAGAAGAAGUUUUUGGCUUUACAGGAUAAGAAUUCUGAUGCAGACUUUAAAGACAAUGAAAAGUUUGUGCAAUUUAAGCAGCAGCUGAAAGAACUGAAGAAGCAAUGAACUGCCAGGCUGUUUCCCAAAGCGACUGCACCAUUUUACAUUUCCACCAGCAGUGUGUGAGGGUUCCAAUUGCUCCAAGUCCUCGUCGGCACUUGUUAUUACCUGUCUUCUUAUUGUAGCCAUCGUAGUGGGUGUGAAGUGGUGUCUCAUCAUUGUGGCAUUUCCCUGAUGGAUUAAUGUUGUGGUACUUCUUUACUAACCUAGAGAAAAGUGUCAGUCUUAUACUUCCAUGUGGAAAUUGUCUCGUGUUACUGGACUUUCUAAAGCAAAACUAGUUCUAUUCCAGAUAAAUGUCAUUCAUGGUUAUGCUCUAAAAAAAAAAAAACAUAAAGUAACAUGACUUGGAAUUAUGAUUACACAUUCAUCUGGGAAAUUUGUUUUGCAAUGUGAAUUCAUCCACAGUGUUCCUAGGCCUUUAUCUGAGCAACUCAAGUGCUAUUAUGUGACAUUUACUGGAUGAUCCAGACAGCACUUUGGUUAAAUCCAUAGCGUGAUGUCACCUGUUAAACACUUGAAAAUGGAGAUGCAUGUCUCUUCUGGUUUUAUCAGUCGAGAUUAGUGGUGGUUCACAGCACAGUGAACCUUUUCUCCUCUGUGAUCUGCCAUUCUGUGUCUCACUCUGGCCCAGUAAUCUGUCACCUGAAACUACUUAAAAUAGGUUGGGCUUUCUUGAAUGUCAUGUUGUUGUGAUGACAUUGGGCUCUGGCUGCAGAGAAGGGGAAAGAACCUUGUGGUUCUCUGACUUGUGGUUGCCUCCAUAGUCCAGUUAAAAGCACUACCAUUUCUAGCCCUUACUCUGACUCUCAGCUAUUUUCUAUACCUGUUGUCCCUUCCAUCUCUUUAUGGUUAAGAGCUCCUAGCAUGGGUAUCAUUGUUUCUGUCAAAGAAAGAAAAUGUUUUCAAGCUUAGAAGGUGUCUGAGUUUCACCUUGUUGAUUUCACCAGAUAGGGAUAUGUAAAAGAUGAGAAAAGAGAGGUCAUUUGAUGAGAGAAGAAAAACUGAGCCAAAUUCAGAGGGUGCUUCUUCUAGAGAGGGUUUUAGCGUCCUUCACAAUGCUCACCCAGGAAGAAGCUCUUGCAGUAGAUCAGUCCCUUUUCUCUGGCACAUAGAUAGCCACACCCAGAGCUAAGCUUCCUGUGGGCUGUGCAGUACUACCUUCAUCUGGCAUGACUUAAGAGAAGGCCCAAAAGGGACGAAGGCAGAAAAGAGAAAGAAGUGGAUUGUUUGUGCCUUCAUCCUGUGUCUCUUCUGCCUUAUCUGCUCCUUAAUUUUUAGUUACGAGUUUGUGUGGCUCAGCUGGAAAGUGGUUGGAAGGAAUGACUAGUUUGAUUGGAAGAACUUGAAUCUUGUCAUUCCCAAAGUAAAGAAAAGCAACAACUUCCUACACCUAGGAAGCUGGAUUAAGCCUUGGUAAAAUUUUUUGAGCAUGCUUGUUAAUUAAAAUACUAUUUUGGGGGCUGGAGAGAUGGCUCAGUGGUUAAGAGCACUGGCUGCUCUUGCAGAGGACCCGGGUUCAAUUCCCAGCACCCACAUGGUGGCUAUAAA